GUCUCUUACUCUCUUUGACUAGCACUGCGCACAGUGACAGAUACGUGCAAUCGAGAAAGUGAGGAACCACACGCACUCUCUCUCUCUUUCUCAGACAUCGGAGUUUGAGGUUGAAUUUUUCGAGGACGACAAUUUAUAAGUGAUUGUCUCGUGUUUGCGUUUUGGGGUUGCUCGCUUUAUACUUCAGUCUGUUGCGACGUCGUUUUGAUUCCGAACGACGACACCGACACUCGUUGCUUCUUCUCCAAGCUAGACGACACUCCUUUUCUCUGCGUUUUUCGCUUCUGCAUUCCUCACUGCUUCUCCGGUCAAUCUGUUGUGCAACUCCCCUGGUUGUUUUUCGUAUCUUUACCUCGUUCAAUUGUUAUGCGAUUGAUUAGGAACAGUUGAAAGCAGAAAGGCUCCAUCAUGAGAGUUGCGCUACAACCUUUACCAUUUACCCUUUGCUUUCUAUCUGAACUGGGUGGCCUGUAAAGGGAGUGGGAGCUAUUUUGUGCAGCUGAAGCAGUAGCAUUUUUCCAAUACAACAGAAAGGUGGUAACUUGUCCGAAGCUGUACCUCAGAAAGUUUAUCCAGCUGAUGCCAGGUCAGAACGAAAUUCUGGAAACCAUCAACCAGAAUGAAUAGAAAAAUUAAUGACGGGUUGAAACCAGAGAAAUCUUCUUUGUCAUAUGCUGAUUUUCAUCACGAGAUCACCAAAAGUGAGGAAGACAGCUCUUUAAAUCCAUACGAAAAUCAGCACAAGCAAGCAACUUAUAGAAGGGCAAGUGAGGAAGAUGAGCUGGUUAAGUACAUGUCAAAUUUACCAGGUUACUUGGAGAGGGGAGAAAAAAAUCCUGAGAAAGUUUUAAAUGUUGGGGUCCUUGAUUGGGCCAGUCUAGAACAAUGGCAGUACAGCCAUAAACAUGUACCCCGCAUAGGUAGCCAGAGCUUGACUUCUACUAGUAAUGCAUUAUCUUCUGUUUCAACAGAGGGAUUGUCUGGUAAUUCCAACAGAGGCCUUAGCUGUUCUCCUUCUCAUCAAAGGAUAUUUCGUCCAUCACUUCAAUCUCACUUCACAGCACCUCCAAUGCAAGACUACGAUGUAGCUAUCAAAUCAUCUGGAGGAAGUACUGGAAAUUGUCAGAAUCUUAGAGGAAGCCACAGUAAUAUUGACACACACAGCAAAUAUGCUCAAGUUGGUGAUCAUCAUUACCAGAACCGUCCUACUUGUAUGCUGAAAGGAUGUGACAGGAGACAACUUAAUCCUCAUAGUAAUAAGGAAAGUGGCAUUUUGCCAAAUGAACGAAUGUGUGGGGCAGCAUCAUGUUCUAAGCUCAAAAUGAGCACUCAAGAUGGUAGAUUUGAAAAGAAAGUGGACAGUUUGGGAGAACCAAAUAUAGACACUGAUGAGCAAGUUAUGCUAGGGAAAAGCAAACCAAUUGUUCUUAUUCUGCCUAGAGACAUCCCCCAGAACAUUCAUAGUGAAGCUCCUGAUAUGCAAACAUCUUUGGUUGGAAAGCUAGGAAGUCCUACUCGAACAAGAUUUUCAGAAAAACCUAAAGAACCUUCCUGUAGAUAUCCAAAUUGCAAUUCUUCCUGCUCGUGUCCUCUGCCAGAUGAAACUAAUGGAAGCCGUUCUCAGCUUAAAGGGUCAGGAUCCAGUUCAGUAGAUCCAGAAGGUUUUAGAAUUCCUGUUUCUACUUUAUCAGCAUCCUUGCCGAUCAGAAUGGGAACAAGUCCAUGCAGAUCUACAAAGGUAGAAGAAAAGAAACACAAUGUGGGUGCUUCUUCAUCUGCAAAUGGAUCUCUCAAGGGAUUAGACCUGAAAGUAACUACUGAGAAAUCAAGAAGUUCGUCACCUUUUCGUCGAUUUAACUUCAGCAUUGGCUUUGCUGGUAAAGUUUCUGGCUGUAAAGAGGUUGCACAUGUGCCACAUCAAAGCUCCAUAUCAGCAAUUAAGUCUAGUUCAGACAAUACAAGAGGCAAUGCUGGCUCAAAAAAUUCAGUGUUAACAAAUAAAAAUUGUAGGUUAGGCAAUGGGAAACUUUCCACCGAACCGCCGGAGAAAGAAUUGGACAAGAAUCAGAGGAUUGGUUGUACCACAAUUAAUACUGCUGAUUCAUCAAAGUACAAAAGGUAUAUGCCAUCAACAUUUCAAGCUCUUCUAAGAAUUGCUGUGAAGAAUGGUGAGCCCCUUUUCACAUUUGCUGUCGACAACAAUAGCAAUAUUCUUGCGGCCACAGUAAAGAACUUGACUGUCUCAACAAAAGAUGCACGCAACUGUAUCUAUACCUUUUUCACCUUUAGAGAGGUUAAAAAGAAGAAUGGAAGUUGGAUGAAUCAAGCAGGCAAAAGCAAAGGUCCUGACUACAUUCACCAUGUCGUUGCCCAAAUGAAGGUUUCUGAUUCACGCCAAUAUGAUUUCACUAGCCAGAAUUGUGUUGACUCCUCUACCGCAAAAGUGUUUGUUUUGUUUUCUGUAAAGCUAAGGAAGGAAGAUGCUCAGGUCACUGACUAUCAGCCAAAUGAUGAGCUUGCUGCCAUCGUUGUCAAAUCACCCAAGGCUAUCAAUUUUAUCAAUUGUGCACGUCAGAGCAAUAGCCAGAAUGACAGUCAAGACCUUCAACGUGUGACAGUUGUGCUCCCAAGUGGUAUUCAUAGUCUUCCAAGUAAUGGUGGACCUUCAUCACUGAUUGAGCGCUGGAAAACUGGGGGAUCAUGCGACUGUGGUGGUUGGGAUUUGGCUUGUAAACUUAAGAUUCUUGCAAAUGAAAGUCAAGCCCGUAUGAAAUCAAGAAUAUCAAAAGCAUAUUUUCCACAUCCAUUUGAGCUUUUCCUCCAGGGGAAUGACCAAGACGAAGAGAACCAGCCUGCUUUCAGUUUUUCUCCCUUUAAGCCUGGAGUAUACUCGGUAGCUUUCGAUUCGUCACUCUCACUUUUGCAAGCUUUCUCCAUCUGCAUAGCGUUAGUAGAUGGCAUGAUCCCAUAUGAACUUCCUGGAUCAAAAAACUGCAUUGAAGUUAAAAAUCCAAGAGAAAGUCUAUUGGUGCAAACAGAUGAACCAAAGGCUUUUGGAAAUUUUGAGGACAUUCCUGCAAAUUAUGUGGCUUAUCCUCCGGUCUCACCAGUUGGUAGGGCCUAAAUUAACAUAAAGUCAUGUCUGAUGUUUCCUUGCCAUUAAAUGCACAAUGUGGGUAAUCAGCAAAGAAUCUUUUUUUCCUCCGCACUGAUGAAUGUGUCACUCAUAUCUGCAGCAUACUGGUGAAAGUCUUAAUAAAUAAUUCAUGACUCCAUCAUAAAUCUAAUCAUCAAACAUCAAU